CUGCGAUAAACAAGAUUUUAUUGAAACUAAGCUAACUAACCUACUUAUUUGUUAAAUGGCUGCUGCUAAACUUGUCCAGUAUGUUAUUGUAAAUGGAGAAAUUGCCAAAACUUGGCCUAAGGGAGCCCUUAUUGCACAGUGUUGUCACGCAGUUGCUGCCGUAGGGCACCUUUACGCCUCAGAUUUGGAUACAGCGGAAUAUUUUAAGGAUUUGGACAAUAUGCACAAAGUGGUCCUUGAGGCACCGGACGCGACCAAACUUCUUGGCCUGGGCGAGGCAUUGCAACAGCAAGAUAUUAAGCAUAAGGUUUGGAUUGAACAACCUGAAAAUAUACCAACGUGCAUCGCAAUAAAGCCGUAUCCGAAGGAAGUAGUUCAAAAAUAUGUGAAAAAAUUCAAACUGCUUAGUUGAACAAACAGGUUCAGUAAAUG